GAAAAGACGAGCAGCGGACUGAGUGGAGCUACAAACUCGCCGGCAGCAGCUCAUCUAACACCACAAAGCCCUCUCAGACGACAGCGAGCAGGACAAACUACCCGCCUCUAUCUUCUCAGUUAACUGUUUGUGCGUUAUCAUCCAGCGCAUCGCAGACAAAGCAGCCCAGAUGGACACCAGAAGCGCCACCGAAGAAAAACCUGUUCAUCGCUCAAAGUCCUUCAGCUUCAAGACCCAAAAGGAAGUGUGUCAAACGUGUCAGAAGACCGUUUACCCAAUGGAGAGAUUGGUUGCCAACAACCUGAUCUUCCAUUCAUCUUGUUUCUGCUGCAAGCACUGCAACGCCAAACUCAGCCUUGGCAGUUUUGCGGCUCUUCAAGGCGAGUUUUACUGCAAACCCCACUUCCAGCAGCUUUUCAAAAGCAGAGGAAACUACGAUGAGGGUUUUGGACGCAAGCAGCACAAAGAGCUCUGGGCCUCCAAGGAGACAGAUAAUAUAACAAAGACGCCAUAAUCGUGUCUGCCCGCGUCCCAUCUAACACCUUCCUCCUCUUUUUCUCAUCCUGACACCUCCAGUGUGUUACGAUAAACACCUGCCUCUUAUGCUGGGGUACAUUUAAAUCAACCACAUGCUCACAUGCUUUUUUUGAAUGCCACCACAAAAGGCACAUGCACAAAUGUCUUGGAAAUGACUGGGCAGUCAUUACAAUAAUUUAGAGAUCAAUUUUGCUGAUAAAUUCGCUUAUUUUCCAAUUUCAUGUUUGGAAUUGGUAGUUGAUUGUGACCAAAAGCCUUCUCUGGUAUGGGAAGUGUAACGUAUACAGUACAGACCAAAGGUUUGGAGACACCUUCUCCUUCAAACAAAUGGGGAAGUGUGUUCAAACGUUUGGUCUGUACUGUACGUUUUUUUUUUUUUUUUUUUUUUUUUUUUUAUUUUAGUCUUGCACCCAUUUUUCUAUUCGGAAUAUAUUCAUUGUAUAAUCGGGCAUACAUUUCAGAGGGGUUUCAGAGCAUCAGUGUUUUCCAGUGGAGCAUGCACUGGUCAAUAUUCAACCAAGAAUUAGGAAAAUGCAGAAAUUUUAAAGUCUAACCCAUUCAAACAAUCAGAAUAAUCCUCAAUACUAUGACAGUUGUGUCAGACAAGUUUGUCUGGUUUCAUAUAUUUAGGGAACAAACAGGGUACAGAGUACUGUAUAAGAACCGUGCACAUCGGCAACAGCUCACCUCACGUCGAAUUUUUAGGUUUACUUUUAUUACUACUCACUUCAUCCCCCGGUUCUUGUUUUUAAUGACCACUUCGAGUCUUAUCCUUGCAUGUUGGUAUGACUGGGUCUUGAUAGCCUUAUUUUAUGACUGUAUUGACCUCUUGUGUUGUGAAUGGUUUGGUUUUAUCGAUGCAUAGCAAACUAUUUCUUAAAGAGAAAAUCAAAAAUAGAUUUUCUCUGUGCUUUUAUUGUUGAAAUUGUAAUGGAAUUCUCCGAUUGUUUUUUCUUUUUUUUUUUUUGUAAAGUAUCUGUACAUAGAGCUGUAGUUUGUGAUUAGUGAACGUUCUCCACCCUUCUUGUACUCUUGUGUUGCACAAACGUAUAUGAUCACCAGACAAAAUGUUCAAAAAAAAAAAUCUUCAAGCUCGCUUAUGAAACUUUUUACGAGGAACUUUGAACAUUUGGUUCAUUGAAAGCCGAGUCUGAGCGUCAGGGGCGAUUCAACAACUUUGCUCCUUUUGUUUCUUGACGCAUCUGUGUCGUUCAUGUCUUCAACUGGUUUUCCCUGUGUAGUAUUUUGAUAAAGCUGAGUAGUUUGAAACAUAUAUGUAGCCUCUCCAAUCGGUGUCCACCUGUUCCACCCAGUAAGAGUGAAUAGAGUUCCCUUUUAAAUGAAUGCCUUCCUGUUCGUAUCUCCUGUCAUACAGCUUAGUAAUUGGACCUAUUUUUUUUUUCUUAAUACUGAUUAACAAUAGAUAAGUAGAUUGUUCCACUUGGUCCCCUGAUGUGUGCCUGCAUGCUGCAUGCAAGACCCAGGGCAGAGCACCCCCUGCUGGGGAAAGAGUGACAGUAGUGUCUAGCGUGAGCAGAGGAGUAGAAAUGUGCCCAUGAACUUCACUUAGCCUUUACUCAAUGUUUUAAAAAAUGUUGCCUCAGGCUGCAGGUGCAGCUGCUGCAAACCGACUACUCUCCAUCAUAUUAAAUUUCAAAACCUAAGAGAAUCCACUUAAACAAGAUUUCCACAGGUGUGUUUAUGUAUGUGUGUGUAUAAAUAUAUACACACAUAUUCAGCACAGUUUAAAACCAUUAAAACAUGAUAAAAUCUGAAUACCACUGACACUUGAAUAAUACAAAGUACUUUUUAUGGCUGAAGGUUUACUGUGAAUCUAAGAAUGCUGUGUGGGAAAGAGUUGAACUUAAGUAGAUACUUUUUUUUUUUAAAUAAAUAAACUUAUAAAAAUAAAGAAGCCUUAGAAAUGACGAGCUAACCUUAUUACUUUUUCUGGUGCACUUGGAGUGCACAGAUCCUUACUAGGAAGUCCUCAAUUCAAGCCGUUUCAAAAACAGACCCUUUUUUGCUCUCAAGUCUCACAUAAUAUUACUUCACCCAACCAGCAGUCAAUUUUCCUGUACAACUAUUUCUAUCCACGUAUAAAAUGCAUUGUAUGUUUUCUUAUGUUGUUUUAAAACAAACCUCUGGAUCCCAGGGAAUGCUUUAAACUCAAGAGAAUUGUAUCCACGAAUGCUGUCUUUUUAUUUUAUUUAUUUUUUUAAAUUUUUUUUCCUGUUAGCAGUUCGCCAAGGUACAAAAGCAAAAAUCUGAAUCUUCUCAAUGUAUUAGAGCAAACAAGGUACAUUUUACACUGGUGCCAAGAGGCUCAGGUGAAUGAUUGCAGUGUAAUGUUUUACUGUUAAAUCUGUGAGUCAUUUUAUUUUUACGAUAGACUUAACGUUGACUUAAUUGUAAUUUCUUUCAUCACCGAGACUUUUCAAAUGUACGAUCUUUGCGACGGUAUUCUAUAAAGACGACUUGACCUGUGGAUUAAGGUGGCCUUACAGAAAAAGGACACUUGAACUGUGUUUUUAGGUUUUUCACUUCUGUUCCCUCUUCACUCUGUUGGUUGGUUGUAUUAUUGAUUGUUAAAAAAAAAAAAUGUGAACGCCCCCUCCUUGUUACAUCAAUAUACACAAUCAUUUUGUGCAUAUUCUUCUUUUUUUCUGGUUUCUUUCUUUUUUUUUUCUUACAUGCUUUUGGAAAAUAAAUAAAUAAAAUGCU